ACAUAUAGAAAUGGACCACUAUAGCAUGAAGACAACACCUUAAUGACAAAUCUAGUAGCAUAAACUCCACACCCUUAAAAAGAAUGCAACAAAGCAUCCAACUUUAGUAGAGUGGUUGUGGAGUUGUUGCACUUCCUCUAACCUUUAACUUAACCUUCAAGAUUUGUAUGAUCAAGAUAAACCCAAAUGCUUAACACUUAAUUACACUCAACCAUUACUCGCCCUCUUACUAACCAUUCCCAACCAUAACCAUGAAAGACUCACCAAAACCAUGGAAACCACACUGUUGUUCAUCUGAAAGCAAGGUUUCAUUCAGCUUUAGCCGGUGCAGGCCCUCGAGAUCAGAGUUUUCCAAGAAUGUAGCACCAUGUCCAUCUUUUAGACGCUUGUCUUUCUCGGACCUUAGCAGGUCUUCUUCUAUGCGCAUUAAUGAAGACAUAGCGCAGGCUUUUGGGCCGGAUUUGAUUGACUUUAAAUUGAGUGAGUUACGAGCCAUGACUCAGAAUUUCUCGAGCGGUUUUUUGUUGGGUGAAGGUGGGUUUGGUAAGGUGCAUAAGGGCUAUGUGGAUGAGUGCAUGAGGACUGGUUUGAAGGCUCAACCCGUUGCCGUUAAGCUUCUUGAUAUUGAAGGACUGCAAGGUCAUCGCGAGUGGCUUGCGGAGGUGAUAUUUCUUGGUCAACUUAAGCACCCGAAUUUAGUGAAACUGAUCGGCUAUUGUUGCGAAGAAGAAGAUAGACUUCUCGUAUAUGAAUUCAUGGCGCGUGGAAGCUUGGAAAAUCAUUUGUUCAAAAGAAUUUCUGUUUGUCUACCAUGGGGGAUCAGAAUAAAAAUCGCGAUAGGCGCAGCAAAAGGUCUUGCGUUCUUGCAUGGUGCCGAGACCCCUGUUAUAUAUCGCGACUUCAAAACAUCAAACAUCUUACUUGAUUCUGAGUUUAAUGCCAAAUUGUCUGAUUUUGGACUGGCAACAAUGGGUCCAGAAGGGUCAAACACUCAUGUCACCACAAGAGUCAUGGGCACAUAUGGAUAUGCUGCCCCUGAAUAUGUCAACACUGGACACUUAACCACGAAGAGUGACAUCUAUAGUUUUGGAGUGGUGUUGCUAGAACUGUUAACAGGAAGAAGAGCAAUGGAUAAAAACAGGCCAAAACGCGAGCAGAAUCUUGUGGACUGGGCCAAACCGUACCUGACUAGCAGCAGAAGAAUUCGUGCAGUAAUUGACCCUAGGUUGGGAGGUCAAUAUUCAGUUAGAGGGGCCAAGGAGAUGGCCCUUUUAGCAUUGUAUUGUGUGAGUCCAAAUCCUAAAGACAGGCCAAAGAUGCCUUCAAUAAUUGAAGUCCUUGAAAGUGUUAAGCAUUUCAAAGACAUGGCAAUCACUUGUGGACAAUGGCCCCCUGCUUCACAAAAGACCUCACGAAACGCGGUUUAUUCGCCAAAAGAUGCGAAAGAGAUCAACGGGGGGCGGAUUUACUGGAAACAGACUCCUGUUAAGACCGUAAGGUCAAGAGGGUAAUUAACCGACAUGAAGAUUGAGUAGAGCGGAAGAAGAAUAUGUAAAUAACAAGCACAUAUAUGUAUAUAAAUAUGAUAUGUAUCGUAUCCUGUCGUGUUACUUAUAUGUAAAAACACAGAUGUUAUAUAAUAUAUAUACAAGCCUUAAUCUUCA